UACUUCCGAUUUGGAGCAGACAAGAUUCUGUCAGAAGUUUUCGUGAUUAGUUUUCGAGUUUCAAUGGUGACUUGUUUGAGUGAACUGUUUCUCUGGUCUUUGAAAAACCAUUACUCGAUACCAGAUGGAGCUAUUGGAUGCCAUGUCUAUCAUGAUAAAGGAGAACAAGUCAACUUGCUGGAGCAGCCAUACUACGAAGAGAAACUACAAUUUACUGAAGCAAGGGACAUGGUUUGGUCUCCUCGAAACAAGCGGCCAGAAAAAAUCAGGGACAAUUUAAAGGAGGUCGAGGACAUUCUGAGUCAGUUUAAAUGUGUUCAAGUCAGAUGGAAGAACAGAAGGGUGUUACAGUUGGUGUUGAGCAACUGCUGUGUCCUGACAUUUGUCCUGACCGGUCACUCGGGGGAUGUGGAGAAAAUCAUCAUCGAUAAAUCCAUGGUUGCCAAGUUUAACUCAGAUACUAUAUCUGAUGUGUAUCUAACUGACCAGUUCCUGGUUGCGUGUCACUAUGACUGCUGUAAGCUGGACUAUGCCCACUUCACCAAGAGGCCUCCCCUCACUGAGGCUGCCAAACGAAUUGACAAGUUGUCUACCUGGGAACCUAAGUCCAUCCAGCUGGACCUGCCUGGCCCCAAGGGAAGAAGACUGGAGAGACGCUUCUCUAGCAAUAUCCACAAUGAUUUGCUGUUGGUGUGGUGGUACAAGUCGAGUGAUGAGGCAUGGCCUUGGACUCCUAUGUCUGGGGAUAGAGAGCGGGCAAACCUUAUGGUAAUGUCCGUCAAUGGCCCCAAUCCAGAUGUGUUGACAUACACCAAGACAGAAUGUGACCCUGUACAUGCUGCAUUUAGUGCUAUCCAGCCUCACAAGAUCUACACUGUGGAACAAGCUCUGUCUUCCAAGGGUGACACAGUGGCACAGGCAUGCAUUUAUGAAGUAGUUCGAGGGAAGAUACAGAGAGUGUCAGUCACCAACAUUCCUCUUAAAGCUAGUGUCCUCUGUCAGUGCCGGAAUCCAUCGGAGGAUAAACUUCUUUUGGGAUGUAGUGACGCCUCUUUGGUGAUGUAUGAUGAGCACAGGAAACUCACCCAGUUUACACGGGCAGCAGUGUUGCCGUCGGUGAUGUCCUGGCACCCUGGGGGUACAGUUGUGUUUGUGGGGAGUGCAAGAGGAGAUGUACAGCUCUAUGACAUGGCACUCAACCCUUUAAGAAUAAGCCUUGUAUCAGAAGAACCAGGAUCAGAAAAAUAUCUAAGAAUUAACAGGUUCUUCAGGGGCCCAGUGACCUUAACCCACAUGGACUGGUGCCCCUUCAGCCCCCAGACAACAGACUGUGUCACAGAUUAUAUGGAUGCCUUGUUCCUCACAUUUGACAAGGGUCCGCCAGCUGUUUUGCUCUUCCACCUUGGCGUUGUGAGUCGGGAGAGAUUAUCUCCCCUUGAGCUGGUUAGAGAGUACCUCAAGCAUAAACAGAUUGAUGAGGCAGUGGGUGUGUUGUCCAGCCUCAACUGGGACACAGACGGUCACACGUGCUACUCCUGUCUGUCUACAAUAGUCAACAACCUACUGCGGAUGCCCCUCAAUGCUGACAGAGAAGCUCAGCUUGAAGCCACUCUUGGUACAUUCUAUGCUCCUAAACCUGCUAUAUCUGAAGUAACAAUACUGGAGUACAGAGACCCCAUCAGCAGACUAGCAAGACGAUUCUUUCAUUACUUACUGAGGUAUGCUCGAUUUGACAAGGCGUUCCUUUUAGCUGUUGAUAUCGGUGCCAGGGAUCUGUUUAUGGACAUCCACCAUAUGGCCCUAGACAAGGGGGAGACAGCUCUUGCAGAGGUGGCCAAGAGGAAGGCAGAACAGGUGGACUCUGAGUCACUUGAUUCCUUUGAUGGUUUGGAUGAGGAGCUGUCUUUAGAUGAUGGUUAUCACAAUGGUGACCACAAUCCUCAACAGGACCACGAGAAUCUCCUUGACCAGCUACCACGGUCACGGCAGCACCCGUGGCAGAGUGAAUACUACCGACAACAAGCAUCCUCCUCCUCCCGCUCCCACCGCUUCAUCGACACACAGCGACACAGGAACGGGUCUGUCAGAGGGUACCAGCCCCCUGAUGAAGAAUAUGAGAUUGAUGGCGAUCUCAUCCAUGACUACACAGCUGCUCUGAUGGACCAGCCUCCAAGGAGACAAGACCAAGGACACAGAGCAAGGAAUGAUCAUGAAGAAGAGGAAGAGGAGGGGAAUGUCAAGGUCAUACAUUUUGGAGUUGUGUAAAAGUGGAACAGACUUUGGGACACAAGGGCAAGAGAGUACAAGGAUUCAUCUGCUGGCUAAUAUUUGUCCUCUAGUUCUUACACAAUUUUCAGUGAAAUUUCCUAAAUUGAGUGAAAAAAUUACUAACUUAUGUUAUAAUGAUGACAUAUAUAACAGCUUCUGCAGAAGUGACAUGUAUUUCAUCAACAAACAGAAGAGGAUUUGAAAUUCUGUUAGCAAUAAUUCACUUAAAUCAAAAUGAUGCUCCUCUUGUACUCAGGAAUUUGAGUCCUUAUUUGUAACAUACACAUGAUAUACAUUAACUUUUGUACAUUGAACCGUCCAUUAUAAAGUUAUAUUUUUGUAACAUUAAGAGAUAUUCACACACUUUAAAACUUUAUAGGUGUUUUAUGGGUACAGAAAUUGUUAACCUUCUUUACUGUCCCAAUAUUUGCUUGUGACAUGUUGAAAUAAUGUCUACUGAUGGUCAAAAAUCUGUGAAAAAUCCUAAAUAUACAAUUGACAUACAAUGACAUUUACAAGAGAUGGGUCAGUUCUCUCUACACGAUGGGGAUAUUUAUGCCAUAUUUCUUCAUUAUUCAGUGUAGACAUUCAAUGUGAGUCUCAUCAAAAUCAGAUCUUUUACUUGGAUACAAUACCUCACCAGAAAGACAAGUUCUGAUUUCCGUGCCUUGAUUAUAGUAAGAGAAAUCUGCAUUAAGGCUGUGCUAUUAUAUGAAAUGAAGUGUACCACAAUCGUUAUGGAAAGAUGCCAUAUGAUAAGCCCAAGAAUCCACAUAUCCUUCAGAAUAUAUUGGUCAGGGGUUACUUGAUGUGUCCGCCAGUGGAGGCGUCUUCAGAUCUUCCUGGUAUCUCGUCAGUGUGAAAGAUCUGAUUCUAAUGAGACUGGUCAAUAAAGCAACAUUUUCAACAGGAAAAUAUGCCAUGUAUCUUUGCAUCGAACAAGUAGUCACAUUCUGCCCUGUGUAAAUACCUGCCAACAAGGUUGUAUGUAUAUUCUCAAUAAUAAAAUGUUUUGAUAAUAA